AUAAAUACUGGGUUUGUGGACUGUAGGAGUAUCAGUUCUGUUUCCUCUAGAAUCCAGUUACAUCCUAACAAAAUGAACUCCCUAUUAUCUCUGGUGUGCUUUGCACUGCUCCUGAUCAGUCCUUUGUGCCUGGGUUAUUCUGACGAACAACGUCAAGCCGAUAGCCUUCGAGUUGCUGAAAUCAUCCGAACCUCCCAGGACGUCAAUGCCAAAAUCAACAACACCCAGGAACUCCUUGACAUUUACAGACGUCUCUAUCCCAGUCUGACUCCUGAAGAUCGCGAGAGAAUCGACAAGUUUGUCAAUGAGCACACGGAUGCCAUUCUAGUCGAUGGAGUUCCUGCUCAGGGCGGUCGGAAGACCAAGUUUGUUGGGAAGGUCCUGACUCCAGUUGUGGAGGGCCUGGCCACUGGAUUCUUUGAAGAGCUUGGUGCGAACCUUGCCAAUUUAUUCACUGGUUAACCGCCAAUGAGUUCUCGGCAUAAAAUGAAGUAAUUUUUAUAAACUUUUUAAUCCAUGUAAAAUAAUAAAGAAUUUUUACACAGCAAUAUAA